AUGUCUUCUUCUGAACACCCUGCUGCUACUCCUGCUGCUGCUGCUACUGCUGCUUCCUCAGGGGUAUACGCUGCUCAACCUGCUUUUCCGCUCCUCGCUUCGUCUUUACUGUCUAGAUAUUGUCAUCAUCAGAAUUAUCACAAUCGCAAUCAUCAUCAAGAGGAUGAUCAGAAGGAGCAGAAUGAUCAUGAUAAUGCUACUGCAACUAUUCCUGCUACAAACGACGCCAAGCCAACGACGGCAUGGAAUCUCAUGACGGAUUUUGAAAAGGGUGUGAGGACUCGAGACGACAGCGACAGCUGCAGCCACAUCUUCCGAUGCGGCACCACGAUCGGAUUUUCCUGGCUGAAGAAGGAGGGGUGGUGGAAUGCGCGUGGACUUCGAUCGGUGGAGCAGGAGGAUCAGUGUAGGGAGAGGGUUGGGGAGCUACCUCGAAGACUCCUCGCCUCUCUCCUCCUAAGAAGUAAAGAGAGCAGUCGUUCAUCUCCACAACCAAAAGCAUUCAUCAUCCACCCGAGCAAUUCCAGCACUUUUGCUCCAGAGACAUUACUGCAGGAUGUACUGAGUCUUGACCGUCGUCAUCAUGAACCUGCUGUUUCGUCAUUACUAUCUCGCGACGAGGCCAUCACCCUCCUAGACGCCGUCCAGCUUCUUGCCGUGUAUGACUUUCCCAGCGCUGUGCAGGCUAUCAGCCAGGUGUCGGAUGCGCUGCAUGAACUACAGCAGGGACGACGAAAACACCCCUCGGGAGAAGAACAAGAAGAAGAGGAGGAUGAACCCAUCCUCCUCAUCGUCGAAGGCCUAGACGCCCUAACAGAGAGCGUAAUCCGCACCUCCAACCCCCUCCGCGGCAGCGCCCUCCUGAUGCCUGCGCUGCGGACGCUAACGCAUCUAUCGCGGGCGUAUGCGUCGUUUCUGUCCGUUUUGCUGGUCAAUACCCUCGGACUGGGGGGAACAACAUCAGCAGGAGCAUAUCAAAAACCGGCAUCUGCUGAUAAUACUCCCCAGUCCGUUCCCAUUACUGUUACAGAAGAUCGAACCCGAGCAUCGAUACUAAAUCCCGACGAUGGCGGCUUACAGUCUAUUUUCUUUCGCUCAGCAUCAGCAUCAGCAGGGUCAUGGUCAAGAGCAGGAGCAGGAACAGGCUCACUCCUCCCAACCCUCCUAUCGCGCACCCUCGACCAAGGCAUCGACUCGCACCUCCUGCUUUCGUCGGUGAAAGGAAAGAGCGUUGUCGAAGUGAUUAAGGAUCGGACGGGUGAUGGGGUUGGGAAGUGUGCAAUUACUACUAGGAAGUUUAUCUCCAGACGAACCCACAGAUCUAGAUGA